AUGGGAAAUCUACCCGCUCCCAGAGUUAAGCCAUCUAGGCCAUUUACUACCUGUGGUAUUGACUAUGCGGGACCGCUGACCAUACGAGAUGGUAAACGACGAAACGCUCGUCAUAUGAAAUCAUACGUCUGCAUCUUUGUUUGCUUCGCGACCAAGGCUAUCCACAUUGAACUUGUGAGUGACUUGACCUCCGACGCCUUUCUUGCGGCCUUGAGGCGAUUUGUAUCUCGAAGGGGCAAGCCCAGUUCUAUUUUUUCGGAUAACGGCACCACCUUUGUUGGUGCGUCUCGACAAUUAUCAGAAAUCUAUGAAUUUUUACGAAAACAAGAAGUAAAGGAUAGUAUCCAUAAUUACGCGCAGGACUCUAAAAUAUCGUGGACCUUUAUACCUCCCAACGCCCCCCACUUCGGCGGAAUUUGGGAGGCAGGAGUAAAAUCGAUCAAGUUUCACUUAUAUCGAAUAGUAGGGACCGUUGCCUUAACCUUUGAGGAAUUACAAACGACUUUAUGCGAAAUCGAGGCAAUCCUCAACUCCCGUCCUUUGAUUCCUUUAAGCACUGAUCCAAAUGAUCUCAGUUUUAUUUCUCCUGGUCAUUUCCUUAUUGGCGACACACUUAACAGUCUUCCGUGCCACAGCUUGGAGAAUGUCAACAUGAAUAGACUCACUAGAUGGCAGCUCACUGACCAACUCCGACAGCAUUUUUGGAGGCGCUGGAGCCAAGACUAUCUGCACCAAUUACAGCAACGGCACAAAUGGCCCACCUCAAAGGGCGAUCAGCUGAAGGUGGGACAACUUGCCCUGAUAAAACAACCCGGACUUGCUCCACUUCAAUGGCUGAGGGGUCGAGUAGAGAAGAUCCAUCCAGGAGAGGAUGGCAUAGCCCGCUCAGCUACUCUACGAACCAACAAGGGAACACUCGUUCGACCAUUGUCGCGAUUGGCUAUCUUGCCAACAGAAGAAUGUAGCAAUAUUUUGUCUAAGACGCUGUAA